AUGGAUCCCGCCGAAUUGAACAAACUUGUAAUAGACGUAGAUCUGCAAAAACAAAAUUUGAUAGAAAUUACAGACCCGAGAAAGCCGGAGUUUUUGCAGAGCGAGACUAGUAUAAAUGAAAUUGAGAACCAAAUUGCUGAGAUUGAAUUGAAAAUGCUGGAAUUAAAUUUGGGUGACGAUUUAAGGAGAAAUUAAUUAUAGAAAAUUUAAUUAAUUUUUAGUAAAAAUAUUGGAAAAAAAAAGGGACGAUUUUAAACCAUGAAAAGAUUUGAAUUUAUGCAAAAUUUUAGCAAAUAUUCAUUCUGCUAUUGAGAGUUUUCCUACAGUGCUUAAAGGAUCGAUUUCUGAUGCUAUUGUGAUCUUUAACAAAGCUAAAGAAAAAAUUAAGUGUGUUAGAGAACCAGAUCCAGAGCUUAUGCAAAGAAUAGCAGAAAAAAUAAUAAAUUGGCAAGGACGGCUAAAAGCAGCGGUAGAAGAUGUAUGAGCUGAGCUAGUUAAAUACCAGAAAGACUCUAUAACUGUGUUUUCACAGUUUAAUAAAGGUGAAAAAUGCAUAAGGACUGAAGAAAUUAUCCAAAAUUUGAUUGAGUUAGGAUAUAUCGAAGAAAAGAUGAGUUUUCUAAUUAACUGAGGAAUUGAUUUGUGUAAGAGACAAGACCAUUUAAUUGCUGAAAAUAUUGCUAAUAAUGGGGUAAAACUGAGUAGUAAAGAAUCAAGCAAAAUAAGCCCUUUAUUUUUACUCCUAAACAACCUAAAAGAGUUUUUACUUUUUCUGUGCAAAAAUUUGAAAAUAAAUGAAUUUUCAAUUGAUGUAUUGAAAUUCAUUGACUUAAUCUGACUUUUGAAGCCAAAAAUAGAAGAAACUAUACAAGAGCUUGAUGAUCCUAGCCAAAGUUAUCAAGAAAUAUAUGAAAUAAUCAAAGAUUUUGAAGCAACAAUUUCAGAAUACAAAAUUGUUGAUAAAUCAUAUAAAGAAUUAUCAAAUAUUGUACAAGGAUGAAAAGCCAUAAAGGCAAAAUAUACACAAACCCAAGUUAUGGGAAAGGUCAGGGAGCUUAUAUUAAUUGAAGAUAUAAGAAUCUUACCCUCCUAAUUUAAAAAGAGCAAAACUGUAGAUUUUAGGUUCCUUUUAGUAAAAAGUAAAAUUUACUAUUUUGAAAAAUCAAUAAAAUUGUAAAGGUAAUUAAAUUAAAAAACCCAAAAAAGUGUUAUUUAUUAAAUGGGAAUUAGAAAUUUCUGAUGCAACUGAAAGAGGAACCAUUAGUUCCAUCAUGAUAACUUCUGACAAAAAGAAGACUGAUACCCAUUUUUACAAGCUCCCUACAAUGCAUAUUUCUGAAAGCACAAAAAAAAUCGUAGAAAUAAUUUACAAGAUUUUAGACGAUUCUCUAAUCCUCCCUGAAUCAGACUUAUUAAAAUCCCUCCGACUAGCUCGAGAAUGCUUUAUGCUCUACAAAGCUUUAAAGUACUCCACAAUUUCUUCAAAAUCCACACAACUUCUACCAGCUUGCCUAUUUUACAAUAACUGUCUCUAUCUAAUCCACCAUUUAAUACUAAUCCCCGCUCAUUAUUCUCACCAUUUGCCUCCUAACCUUCAAUAUGCCAUUUAUUUAGCUGACUUGAUCCCUAUUUUCCAAUCUGAAGCAAAUCAAGUCUUUUUCCAAAUGAAAGACUUUUAUAGAGAAAAAAUGCUAAAUUUUGUGAGAAAACUGCAAUUUCAUAAAAUUGAAGCCAAUUAUUCAGAAAUGGAAAGGGUUUUAAAUGCGUCGAUUGCAGUAAUACAUGAGUGCUGUGGGGUGUGAAGAGAAGUACUUACUCCCCCCCCUCCGUAAGCGAACAAAACCAUUAGAAAAAUCGCUAUUUUUUGCCCAAAACCCACCCUCCGUGAGUGAACAAAAAUUUUUUAAUAGAAAAAAUUUUUAUUGAAAAAAAUUUAGAUAUUAAAUGAUAAUUAGUAUAAUAAAAUCUAGAGCUAAUUCUGUUUAAUUUUAAACGAAUUGCUUUUUAAAACAUAAAUUUUAUAAAUUAAAUUAAUAUUUGCUUUCCAAAUUUUUAAAAAAAAAAAUUAACCCCCCUCCGUGAGUGAACAAAAUUUUUUUGUUCACUCACGGAGGGGGGGGGAGUUAGUAAGAGGGAUUAUUUUAAAAGCACAGGGAAUAUGGUAGAUGCGCUGAUAGGGUAUUUGGUGCCUCUGGCUAUGAAGUUAGAAGAUAUAGUGAUGGAAGAUACGCCACCUUUAAAGCAGCUGCUAUGGAAAGUAUUUGAAUUAAAGGAUGUAUUUUUAGGGGAGUCACCUGUUCAAUUCUCACAGCAGUGGGAAAGACUGGUGCUUUUGUUGGAUUUACUUGAUACAGAUCUAGCAUCGAUUGUUGUUUUUCAUGAACAAAGCAGAUUUAAAGGAAAAUUCUCUGUAAACGAGGUGAAACAUCUGGUAUGUGCAAUUUUUGAAGACAAUGAAAACAGAAGAAAGUGCUUAUCUUCCCGAUUCUUUAUCGAGCGACAAAUAGUUAUUCAGCCAAGGAUGGGGGUUACAAACUCUCUAAAAAAUAUUAUUUACUAGCAUUAUUAUACUAAAUUUCUUUUUAUAUAAAAUUUUCGUGCUCUAGCGAUAAGAGAUAAAAUCCAAUAAUUAUUAAAAUCAUAAUAUAAUGAGUAGAAGUAAUUAUAAUGUAAUAUCUCUAAUAUUCAUUAUUAUCAAAUAUAGGUAGUUAGAUUGAGAUGGAUAGGAAGAGAAUUUCAUGCUUAACUAUAUGAAAAUCAUCCAAUCAAGGAUGGGUAUUGAUUUCCCAAUUUGGAAAAUUUUCUAUAGUAUCGUCCGACUAAGGAUAGAGAGAGCUAGAACAUUUAGUGUAA